AUUAUUUUAUCAGCUAUGUAACAUGAUUGCCAUUGAAACUGAAGAAUAGUAAUUCCAUUAGGUAAUAAACAUAGCUGUAGGUCUAUCAACAGGGUUGUUAUCACCACCAUGGCCACAACCACCUGGCUGACUCAGCCAGACAAGUUAACUUUUCUUUUCUGUGUAUUAUGUCCUUUUGUUCAGGCGUCAGAGGAUGAAAAUUAAAUAAAUCAGGCAGUCAGGUGAAUUGUCAAGGUGAAUAACUCGCCAUCGAUCUUACCCUCCAACCUCUUGCCAUCAGAAAGCAAAAAAAAAACGUGAUUGAGUGGUCUGUGAGUGCUCUACAUCCGGGACUCGCUCACAAAAUUUAGUGGUGAUAACUGGACAUUCACAAUUUUCAGUUUUAAUACAUGUUACUUAAAAUUUCUAGGCUUUAUCCUUGUAAUUCCUUUAAUUUACAUUGUGUGUAGUAGACGUCCUACCUGCGCAUAGCUACAUCCUUCUCUCUCUUCCUUGUUGCAAGUUGUUUACGUGGCAAGGCCGCGCACAAACAAAAAAAAAAAAAAAUAGUGAGCAAGUAUUUUCCUUUGCAUCCUUUGUGUGUGUGAAAGGAGAGGAAGUACGUGUACGUGUGUGAGAGAGAGUGUGUGAGUGUCAGGAUGUGUGAGAGAGAGGGCGAGAAAAAGAGAAAGUGGAAGUAUUUGUAUAUGUGUGUGAAAGAAAGAACUUUACUAAUUAGCCCAUUGGCCCAUUUCAAGUGGUUGGCUAUUUUACGGGUAUAUAAAUAAAAAAAGUUCGUAAGUCAUGAAUAGCAUAGAAACACCAUCUGACAAUAAUAAUUAUUACAUUUACAUUCUAUCUUACAAACCAGUAGACAAAAUGAAUGUUGGAAGAAACGUCCAUACGAAAUACAUUAAAACAAACAGCGAUAGAUUGAACAGAAUGUUAGCAUUUGUAGUGUUAAAUAACAAUUCCAGUUGAAAUUAGAUGGCCAACUAUAAAACUGAAUGGGAAUGAAUUUCUCUAGCCGACUAGUGCAUGGCGGGCAAACAAAAAUAAAAUGCGGUUCUGACACUGGAAUAUCACUACAAAACGGGCAAUUACCUUCCAUACCUCUCUUCGGACAUGUGGUUUGAUGGGUUAACCUAAUCUAAAUCUAGUGAAGGGACUUAGAACCCCACAAUUAAUUUUGGAAACUAUGUAAAGGUACUCAGACCGAGAAAGACAAUUUGAAAGAUCGAUAGAAUUAAUAUCGUACUUUGGACAUAAUUUUUGAACAUUAAUCGUUUUGAUGACAACCAUGAAGCCUCUUUUUUAAAAGCAGAAACAAAGAGUCCUGGGUAUCCAAUCCCUUGUUUGUGUGAGAGAGAGAGAGAGAGGAAGUAUGUGUGUGUGAGAGAGGGUGUGUGCGUGCGUGCUCUACUAUGUCCUCCUACCGAAGCAAUUAAGCACAAACACAUUUAUCAAACGUGGUGUAGUUUCAUCACCACCAUUACCAACCCCGCCACCUGCAUAAAAUUUUGUUUGCUCGUGAAGACCUGGACUAAAGCAGCCCGAUACUCCAUCCUUCAUUCCUGGCCGACCUCAUGUCCCACAAUGAGUCUAGUCAUCGUUUAUGAGGCUAGAAUCCAUUUGUACAUUGUGAGGGAAUAAUUGUUGAGUUCACGUUUUGUAUACCACAAGUGCCUAAGUAAUUGAACAGAGUUUCCGCUCUCUACAGGGACAAAAGUCAUCAUUCAUGUCAUGAAUGACAUUAUCGUUUAUAAUUCCUGGCAUAGAUAACACUGGAGACCGGGAAAUGCGGACAUUUAAACCACGAGUGGCAAGUUUAUACAUGAUGUUAUAUAAAAACAUUUACACCGUAAAGCAGAUUGCCUACGUGUGUACGGUGAUGUUUGUGUGCGUGUAUUUGUAUGUUUGUGGGUACAUGUUUAUAUGUGUUGAUAUGUGUAUUUCAGCUGUAGGUAUUUGUUAUGUUUUAACUGUGUAUAUGUGUCUAUAUUUUGUCUGUCUCCCUCAUACUUCAGAUGAUAAGUGCGUUGAAAAGACCUAAAUGUUUGUCGUCUUCGGUGUUGGAGAAGGGAGGGUCGAAUGGGAUAAGGCGCAUAAAUCUCAACAUAUCAGAUAAUAAACGUUACAUGAUACCUGACAAUGGAAGACAUUAGUUCCAGGUUGUUUUCAGGUGGGGAUAGGCGAAGACCAGGUACCCCGACGACGGAGCGGAAGGAGCAAGAUAUGGAGGACACAACACUGGACAGCAGCAACAUCACGGUCCCCUCCACCUCCUCUGCCUCGUGGUCUCCAGUCCUGAUCCCGGCCAUGGCCUACACCUGCAUCCUGCUCGUGCUGGGGAUGCUGGGAAACUGCCUGGUCUGCUACGUCUACGGCUUCCGCUGGCAGAGCACCGUCACCAAGGUCUUUAUCUUUUUCCUGGCCCUCCUGGACCUCUGCAACUGUGUCAUCUGCAUGCCCACGGAGCUGGCCAUGCUGGCGCGCCUCACCUCCUUCAGCGCCCCCUACUGGUGUAAGGUCACGCGCUUCCUCACCUACCUCCUCAACGGCACGUCGUCGCUUAUCCUGGUAGCCAUCGCCUUCGACCGUUACUACAAGAUUUGUCGGCCCCUGGGUUACUUCUUCACGGUCCGGCGCGCCAAGCUGACCUGCUGUGCGGCAAUGUGUUUCGCCGCAAUCCUUUCUGCGGCAUCGCUCGUCCUCUACGGCGACUUCACCAUGCAGGGCGCCGGUGGGGGUCAGCUGGGGCGAGCUGUUGGCGUGACCUGUCUCAUCGCCGAUGAGUACAUCGACACUCAUUGGCCGCUGCUGUACUACUGUGUGUAUUUCUCGUGCUACAUGGUGCUGGUGCUGGCCAUCACCGUGCUGUACACCCUGAUUGCCCGGCGCAUCAUUCGCCUGCGACAAGCCCAGAAGGAUAGACAGAGGGCGCUGCUCAACUGCCGGACACCCUCUCUUCUCGAGCCACCCACCGGUGGGGAUAUUCCCAACUCUAGACGCAGCAGCCAAGUGUCUGUGCCCAGUAGAGGAAGCGAUGCCGGGUGGGGAUUUCUGGGUGUCCUGGCUGGAGAAAAGGCGGUGGAGGCAGCUCUUGAUGACAGUGACGACGAAGAACUCAGGCGUCAGGCGUGGAAAAAGGUGAACGCCAGCAUCAAAAAGGCCUCCAUGAAGAGGAAAGCCCAGUCGCUGAAGCACCAUACUUCGCCUUUGUUUUCUUCUCGGGUGUUUUCUGUGCGCAGUCGAGCGAGUGAAGUAAAUGACGAAAGAACCUUCCACUGCUUACUGACUCCUGACAACGGACCGGCUUUCGCUCAGGAAUCCAGCCCUGACCCCGGCGUAUCCCUGACCUCCAGGGGCUACGACCUUACAGAUUUUUCAAUGUCAGCGUCAGACAAGCAGGAUACUGAGGGCAAGCCACCAUCCGCUGCAGUUCUGACAGUUGCUGACCCCACGAGGCCGCGCAGGAUUCUCUCAGCCAGGAAUCCACACAUGUUUGCCGACCGCAAGGAUCUAGACCCUGACUCCCGGGGCCAGUACGGUACAACUCAGUUUGAAGGGCAGGAAAGGCCCCUUCUGAAAAGGAACCACAGCAACGACGAAAGAAGGAACAGAGAUUUCAAUGCCCCUGACCAAAUAAAUUCCAUGCAUCUACAUCAAGAUCAACACGAUACCUCUAUCAAGGUGAAGAAGGCUCCAGGCUUUUCUCCAAUGGAUGAUGCAAAGAGAGAAAACGCUGAUGAGGUGGCUCCUUCUGGCGAACACCCAGAGACGGGAGAAAGGGACUGGCAAGAGGUCAAAGACGCGGACGUGUCCCAACCUCUCAAUCCCUACCCGAAGGCACCGAAAAAGAACAGUUCCCGUACGAUCCUUCUUUCCUCAUGCCUUGCGGAGGCUACCCGGGAGGGCGCACCCCUACCUCCAGACUCCCCACCCUGCUCCACGCCCGUAAGGAGUGGGGAGUCACCCCGAGUGUCUGCAGCUCUCAUUUUGGAAAAGCUUCGGAAGAAACUGACCUACCAUCCAAGAAAGACGACUCGCAUGCUUUUCACCAUCUCUAUCGUUUUCGUGGUCAGUUUUCUCCCCUUCUUCGUCAUCGUGCUCGUCAGAUCGUCGGUGGGCAGGAGCUUUCUGGACAGCCUGUCGGACACGUCUGUCGCUAUCGUCAGCGUCUUCAUCAGGUCCUCCUUCAUCAGCAACGCGGCCAACCCCAUUAUCUACGGGCUGUGCAAUCGUCAGUUCAGAUCCGAGUGUAAGAACCUCAUUGGAAGUCUGCGGUGGAGGCGACGGCCGCAACCCAAACCCGUUAUCAUCCGUCCCUCCGUUGACCAACAAAGUGCGGACAUCUCGAACAGAUAACGCAUAAAAAAAUUCUAAAAUUUUAUUUUCAAACGCUGUCAGUACCUCAGUGUUUUUGUUUGGUAGGUUUUUAUUUUUUUUUUUUUUUUUGUUUUGUUUUGUUUUUGUUUUUUGUUUUUUGUUUGUUUUUUGUUUUUGUGUUUUUGUUUUUUUCAGUGUAAUCUAUAUUUCAGUACAGGAUACUGAAAGAUUUACAGCACCAAAAGUCGUUUCACAUUCCAGAUACUACGUUCGAUAAAUUAUCCAUGAGCUCGUAAAUUUCAGUGUUUUCCUUUCGUCCUCUCUUUGCUCUUUCACUUUCUCCCAUUUUUCAUCUCCCUCUACCUUCGUAUCUGACUACCAUUCCAUCCAUUCAUCAAUCGUAUUUCAUUUGUCAUUGUACAUAAUUUUCCUACCAUUGUAAAAGUAACAAUGGUUUUUGCCUAACGUUUAUGUCAAGAGGAGGUAACGUUUGAUGACAUUUGACCUGCAAAUGUUUGACAUUCAGACUGUUCAUGUGAGUAAAACCUCAUCAGAUUUACUGGAACUAAAGCCCGGACUUCUUAGAUAAUUUAAAAACAAACUUGUACCACACGGAAGGUUCUAGUUUAUAAAUAAUGGCAUUCUUCUGCUAUAUUUACACGCAAGUCUUCAUGCUAAUUUCUGUUGUUGGUUGCACGGCAUGAUUGCCCUCACAAGGUCCAAGGGAGGCUAUUACAAUUGUUACUAAAAGGUUUUUGCCAGCUGUCUCCCUUUAACUGGCGAGCUAAUAGGGAUUAAAAAAUUGUUAAGAAAUCCAUUUUUGUUUUGUUUCAACGUUGAUAGUUUCAUAUCCUAUAACUUUUUUGUUUGGGUGGUGGGCACCACUCUUUUAAAUGUCUCCACAUUUUAUCCUGAAAUGAGCUGAAAGUACGCACUGCAGCUAAGAAAAUCAUAAAGAAAGGGAAAAAAAUCAUAAGCAUUUUUUUUCUAUAUGUAGCUUUAAUCUUUUUCAAAGUUUUCUGUGUGACAAGAUGUUUUUAUAUGAAUUUAAAGUUUAAGAAUCAUCCUUUGAAUUCCUUGAUUGAUUUUUUUUAUUCUAGACAUCUAAAAGCAAAAUCGUUUUUAAAACUGUUGAGAAGCUUUCAGUUGAAAUUAUUUCACUGAUAAACUAGUUGUUCUCUUGUGCGCACGUUUCAAAUAUAGAGAAAAUUGUCAAAUCUUGAGUGUCCCGAGAUUACAAUAAAUAAAUUCUACUGUUUACAAGGAUCUUCAAUAUGGCAAACUUAUCUAUGUUGGAAAACACACAACUAUCUACCUCAUUCUGACGGUGCUGCCACUCUUACGAAAUAAAAGAAAACAUCGUGUGUA